AAUCAAGAGGAAAGAUGACUUUUUGAGACAAUAACUAUUCGACAAAUCAAUCUGAGGGGUAUUGGAAGGAAUCAAAAUGGCUAAUGAUAAAAUCUUACUUUCUCCUUCGGCCCCGUUGCCCGAGGAGCGGAACGUGGUAACUCAGCCGCAGAACGUGCCAAAGCCGCGGCACAGACCGAUGAAAUUCAAACAGAUUCAGGACAGCUCUGUGAGUGAAAAACCAUUUCAUUCUGGCAACAUGAUAAGCUUUGGUCAAAGUGAUCCACAAGGAUUGUUUGGUUCAUCCGGAGUCGGCCUUCUAGAUAAGGAUACAGCCAUGUCUCGUCCGGCCCCCAAUAUGCUUCUGUUAUCGGAUCAACCUAUCACAACAAAUAAGGAAGCCAGUGCUGUUAUAAUAAAACAGGAACCUUUCGUUGCACCUUUGAUUCCGGAGUAUACCUUUAGGAAUGAGAAAAAGAAGCUACUCGAAGAUGCAUUUGCACCGAGUUUUUCCCUGAUGAAGUUAGCAUAUCAGCAAGGUAUGCUCAGUUCAUCCAGACUCCGCGAUCAGGAGAAUGCAAAAAUAUUGGAGGCCUUGGACAAGGAGAGGAGCAUGUAUCGUCCUGGACAAUCUGUGGUUCAGUCACUUGAGCAUCAGAUUGCAAAGAACAAGGAAUGUUUAGUUCCACCAAAGAUUUUGGAAGAGUCUUUGAGGAAGGGGAAACAGAAGCUAAUUGAAGAGUCUCUUCCACCGACUUUUCCUCAAAUGAAUGUAGCAUCUCAGCUUCCAAGUGCAUCAUUGGUGAAUGGACCAUGUCCAUCAAGAGCUUCUCAGAUUAACUUAAUGUUGCUGUUACAGAAGCAAAUGCAACUAUCGAGGACUUAUGAGAAACUCCCAGCAGUUGUACCUGAUGUAAGAUCAAUCUAUACACCAGAAAUGUGCGCUCAACGUUUGAAGCUGUACAUGUAUCGUAAGCAACAAAGACCAAGAGACAACAAUCUCGAGUUUUGGGUGAAUUUAGUUGCAGAAUUCUUUGCUCCUAAUGGCAAGGAGAGAGUGUGCUUCUCAUCGAAUGAACGUAGAGAACUGAUAGGUUGUAUUUUCCCUAAGGAUGCAUGGUGCUGCGGUAUCUGCAAUGUGAGGCCUACUGCUGGUUUUGAGAUAAGUGCAGAAGUUUUACCUAGGCUUUGCAAAAAUAAGUACGAUACGGGUAUGCUGGACGAGCUUCUUUAUAUGGAUAAACCUGAAGAACGUUAUACACUAUGCGGUCACAUUGUUCUGAACUAUCCAAAAGUAACAGAACAUACUGUAUAUAAGACAGGACGAGUGGUCCGUGAAGGCCGGCUGAGAAUUGUGUUCUCUUCAGAUCUAAAGAUUCGUGUCUGGGAAUUAUGUUGUUCAGCUCACGAGAUUUAUGUUGGUCGAAAAUCAGUUGCUCCCCAGGUUCAUCAACUCAAGGAAGCAACCCAAAAAUACCAAGUUUUAGCUGAGAGUAGUUCAAGGAUUUCUCCUGAAGAGUUUCAAAGAACCUCCGACGAGCUUGCCCCAACGGUACGUGAACUAGCAAGAACUUUGGACAAGUCAUUGAUCAACGACCUUGGUUAUUCCAAACGCCAUGUCCGAUGUCUCCAGAUAUCAGAAAUAGUCAGCAGCAUGAAAGAUCUAAUGGACUACAGCAAGAAAUACGGGGUCGGACCUAGAGAGGCAAUGGACCGGAUUCAUCGUGAAUCAGCUGCAGUACGUGUGGCACAGAAUUCAGUUGCAGAGAGGAUGGCUCAACAGCAUAUAGAUGAUGUAAUAAGUCAGCACUCUUCAGUUAUAAGUUUUGCUCCUUAUCCAUCUACUGAUGAAGGUACGAGAAGUUUGAAUUGUAGUUCCCCUCAUGCUACAUCGCCAACUUCCUCUACUGCUUCGUCCAAAAGGCUAGUUCACCAAGCAGACCUUUUCGAACCUAAAAGAAAGAAACAAAUGACAAACUCAGGGGAGAAUUCUGUUCUUCGUGCUCCUACCAAGCCCAUGUUGAAUCAGUUAAUCUCAACAACUCACCCUUCUUCUUCCAUUAGGCCACCGAUAGUUCAACCAUCUGUUAUUGUUCCCUCUAGUACUAUGUCUAUUCAACCUAACGAGUAUCUUAGCUCAAUGGUAAAGGUUGAACAAGAUCUUGUCACUUCCCAAAACUUAGCUGUUGCUGCAGCUGAUGCUUCGAUUGGUAGUAAGUUAGUUCUGGACCAGAAUGAGAACAUUGGUAAGUACUUCUAUGGUUUUGAAACAGAUGGGACGGUUGGCAAAGGCUAUUACAUGGAUCAGUUGGAGAAUCUGAAUGGGGCAAGUCUUUUCCCUGGCAUUCACAUUGGAUAUCCUUCAACCGGGACGUCAAUGGGGAAUGAUACUCAUAGCAACAACCAGCAAAUCAAUGAUCAAUUGCCUUAUUUGAACGGAAAAAUGGAUCCUAUCGAUGACAUUCAGUUCGAAUGAAAACUUCAUGGUUUCCUUUGGGAUCAAUAGCAGUUGUUGCAUGUUUAGAAACUUUAGUAAUGCAAGUUCUCCUUUCUUUCUAUUACAACUUUUACUGGUGGUUUUAUAUGAAAUGAAGAUGUUUUCUUCUUUCAUUAUUGUAAUAGCUAUCAAC